AUGAGGAGCCAGCUUGAGGUGAACAAGCAGGCAGGAGGAAGCGGAGGUUCAUCGCAGGCUGCCCCAUCUUCCCCCACGUCCUCCUCCGCUCCCCCCACGGACCCGCAAGCCCUGGCGGAGCUGAACGCGCUGCUGGCCUUCAAGGCGUCCGUCCUCGUCUUCAACGACCUCCUCGCCUCCUGGAUCGUUCCCCGCUCUGCCUUCAACGCCCCCUCCGCCUCCUCCGCUUCCUCCCCCGCCUCCCCCGCCUCCUCCGCCUUCCCCGCCCCUUCCACCGCCUCCUCCGCCGCCUCCGCCGCGUCCCCCGCCUCCCCCGACCCCUACAGCUUCCUCUGUGCCUGGCGCUUCGUCACCUGCUCCCCCGCCCGCCCUGGUGGGGCGCGUAGAGUGGUGGAGCUGAGUAUGACCAGGUUCGGCCCGGACCUGGACCAGAGGCCCGUGCUGAUGCUCACCCGCAGGUCCGUGCUGGAGGGGAGUUGGGACGGUGCAGGUGCGGGGAGUGACGAGGGGAGCACCGGUGACUUCUCCGCCCUCACAGCCCUCACCAACCUCUCUAUCGCCAACAAUCGUGACUACCGCGAAAUGGCUGGGCUCAUAGGCGCCUUCCCCUCCCACCUCGCCGCCUGCUCCUCCCUCCAAGUCCUCUCCCUCACAGGCCACAGGCUCCUCGGCCCCCUCCCAGACUCCAUCUCUCUCUUCUCCUCCCUCAGGCACUUACAGCUGACCCUUCACAUCCCGGUGCUCACACCUCCCUUUCCCCCAACUGCCAUCUGCGCCUCGAGACACAACACACAUCCUUCCCUCUCUCCCUUCCCUCUCUCCCUUUCCUCUCUCCCAUUCACCCUCUCCCCUUCCCUCUCUCCCCUUCCCUCUCUCCCCUUCCUCUCUCCCCUUCACCCUCUCCCCUUCCCUCUCUCCCCUUCCCUCUCUCCCUUUCCUCUCUCCCCUUCACCCUCUCCCUUUCCCUCUCUCCCCUUCCUCUCCCUGUUAACUCACCCUCACCCCCUCCCCUACCAACUUUCCUAA